CGCCUGAGGGGAGCCCGUGCCGGGCGCGCGGGCCGGGCGGCACCGGCGGCCCCCAGCCCAGCGGCGCCGCGAGGGACGCGGCUUGCCCGCCCCGGGCCCGCCGGCCAUGGAGCCGCCGCCGGCCGCGGAGCCGCCGCCGGCCACCGCUCGCCAGGUAGAAACAGAUGACCAAAUAGCCCUCCUUAGUAAGCCCAGGAAUAAAGGAGGAAACAGUGAUCUGGCAUCAGCUGGAUUUAACAUUAUUAAUUCAAUCAUAGGAUCAGGCGUUAUAGGAUUGCCAUAUUCGAUGAAGGAAGCCGGUUUUCCUCUAGGAAUACUGCUUUUGUUUGUGGUUGCCUUAAUCACAGAUUAUUCCAUUAUAUUACUGAUCAAAGGAGGAAAUUUGUCCAGUACCAAAACCUAUCAAGAGCUGGUGAAAAAAACGUAUGGUCUUGUAGGUUAUCUAAUCCUUUCAGUUCUCCAGUUUUUAUACCCAUUUAUUGCUAUGAUCAGUUACAACAUAAUAACAGGAGACACUUUAACUAAAGUUUUUCAGAGAAUUCCUGGAGUUGGGGUGGAUAACGUGCUUACCGACCGUCACUUCAUAAUUCUUCUUACCACCAUCAUCUUUACCUUACCUAUAUCUUUAUAUCGAGACAUAGCAAAAUUGGGAAAGAUAUCUCUUCUUUCUCUGAUUCUAACCAUUGUCAUCCUGGUUGUUGUGAUGGUGAGAACAGUAACCUUCAGUUCACAAGUACCCAAAUCAGAAAAUGCAUGGAUAUUUGCAAAACCAAACGCAGUACAAGCCAUUGGGGUGAUGUCAUUCGCAUUCAUCUGCCAUCAUAACAGCUUUUUAAUAUAUGGGUCUCUGGAAGAACCCACAUUAAAGAAUUGGUCUCAAGUCACACAUAUGUCUGUGGCCUUUGCUCUUGUCAUCAGUGUAGUAUUUGCUGCCAGUGGAUAUAUGACUUUUACAGGAUACACGGAAGGAGAUAUAUUUGAAAACUACUGUAGAGAUGACAACCUUGCUACAUUUGGAAGAUUUUGUUAUGGAGUUACUGUAAUUCUGACCUUCCCCCUUGAAUGUUUUGUGACCAGAGAGGUGAUUGCCAAUGUGUUUUUCCAUGGGAACCUCUCAACAGUUUUCCAUGUUGUUGUGACAGUAGUUAUCAUUGCUGUGGCGACUGGUGUAUCAUUAGUGUAUGAUUGCCUUGGAAUAGUUUUAGAGCUGAAUGGAGUUUUGAGUGCUACCCCACUUGUUUUUAUCAUCCCAUCAGCGUGUUAUCUAAGGCUGUCCAAGGAGCGGUGGAACCAUUCCGAUAACCUCAUAUCCUGCCUGAUUCUUGUUCUUGGUGUGCUAGUGAUGGCAGUUGGGUUUGUCAUGACUGUCUUGCAUCCCCAGGAAUGUAGCCAUGGAAAAGAAAUGUUCUACUGCUCCCCUAGUAAUGUUUCUUUACCCAACAGCACACUUCCACCGUAGGUAGCACACCAACCCCAAGACUAGACUGGGGACAUUGCACCAUGAGCCAUACGUGCCAGUUAAAAGGAGAGUGGAACAAAGAUUUUUCAUGUUUUGAGAUGCACUAAGAAUUUUAAACUGUAUAAAAUUUAUAUAAACUGUAUUUACAUACUUGAUUUUAUGCUGCCAUCCUUUUUCAGGUAAGACUUCGGUUUUAACUGUCGAAACACAAAAUCUCAGAGGUGCCUUUCAGUAGACAUUACUUGAAUAACUUGCAAGCCUAUCAAAAAGGUUGCAUUUUUUAACCUUAGUCUGCAGUGCUGUUUAAAAGUGAUAAAUUAAAUGCUUUGGAAUAUAAACCUUUCCCAUGUUUCAUUGAUUUAACUUAGUUUUUAUUAAUUUUAUAAUCUUUCAUGUGUAUUUAUUAGCACAUUAUAGUAUGGGGGUUUUUUGAAGUCCUGAGAAAAUGUAUUUCUGGAUCUCUGUGUACGACAAUUCUGCUAUUAAAUCAAAAGACCCUUAUUAAUUCUGUAUUUGAUUUUGCAGUAACUGCCCUUUAGAGCUGAAAGCUUCCCUUUUACUGGAUCUUAAGUCAAAGGAAAUUUUGUAUUCUGACUGAACUGUAACUGAUACAAUUUAAUUGUAACUGUUACAAUAUGUGGUCUUAUAAUUGAAAGAUAUUGCACAAAUAAAUCCACAAGAGUUGAUUUAAAAAGAUUCAACUAGGCAGUCUUUGUAAAAACUUCAAGGUUGACGAAGAAGGAAAUUACAUUGCAGCUCAGUUCUUACAUUUAUAAUAUUAUUCAUUAUUUCUGAAACUGAAUUGAAACUAACAUUCUAAGCCUGAUUAUCAUUCUAGUCCUCUGUUUCUUUUCAGUAUAUGACUAAUGAUUUUGUCAUGGUUUGUCAAAUUUUGGUGAUUUGUUACGUUUUCCAAAAUGCAUUUAACAUCAAGGAUUCAUGUACAUAUAUGCAUGUGUAUAAAUAUACAAAUAUACAUAAGUAUAUAUAUAAAUAGACUCCCAUGCCUAUAGAAUAGGACUAAUUUGAGGCUGAGUAAUAUAAGUAUCCUCAGUCAUAUCAAUGCUGUCAUUUUGAAAAUGUUUUGUUACCAAAUCAAAAUGUGAACUUGAGUUAAUUUUUGCAUUAUUACGAUCCUUGUGGUUCCUCAUGCCAGCUAGAUGUCUAAUGCUACUUCAUUUUUAUGCUGCUUAAUGGGGAUGGGUUUUGUCUUCAUCUUGCAUGAAAAAGCUAUGUCAUUCAAGACUUCCAGCUAAACAAAAGUGUAAGCAAGGGUCACUAGAUGGUGAUAAUACUUUUAAGAAUAACACACUUCUAAAAAGUAGUGCUUCCAAAAUAAAAGCUUUAAAUAUACUGGGA